AUUUUUACCAAUGAAAGAAGCCAUGUAGGAUCGGUUACGCCCUGAUACAAGUGUGUAGAGCUGCAAGGAGUCGUCAAGCGGCACUUCCGAAGGAACUAGCGUAACCCAAGUGGCCAUGGCUCGCCGCAUCUCGCAGAAGCGCAACGCCAAGACGUAUGAGCGUCCAGGACUGAGUGAAGAGGAGAUUGAAGAGAUCCGCGAAGCCUUCAAUCUGUUCGACACAGACGGGAGCGGCACGAUCGACCCCAAGGAGCUCAAAGCGGCCAUGCAGUCGCUGGGCUUCGAGGCCAAGAAUCAGACUAUCUACCAGAUGAUCGGUGAUAUCGACAAAGACGGCAGCGGAUCCAUCGACUUUGAGGAGUUUCUGGACAUGAUGACAGCCAAAAUGAGUGACAAAGACUCGAGAGAAGAUAUCCAGAAGGUCUUCAACCUCUUCGACGACGAUCAGACGGGUAAGAUCUCGCUGCGUAACCUCAAGCGCGUAGCCAAGGAACUAGGCGAGACCAUGACGGACGCUGAGCUGCUCGAGAUGAUCGAGCGCGCCGACACGGACCAGGACGGAGAGAUCAAUGCCGAGGAGUUCUACGCCAUUAUGACCAAGAAGACCUUCACGUAGAAGACCAGACUAAAGCGUAACUUCUUUAUACACCAUCAUCUUCAUCCUA